AUGACUGUCGUGAAAAAACCAAAUAAAGGUCCGAAUGAUCUGACCUCAAGGAUGUCGAAUUUUCAACGUACGCGCAGCAAAGUCUGGUGGGGGGAUUCACCGCCCAACAUCGGCAGUCCAGUAGCGGCGGAAGCCACAUGGAACCAGAACAAUAGAAGAGAGGAACAAGAUUGGGAGCCUCAACUACCACAUUGGAUAGCUAAUCAACCGGAGCAAAGGAACAAUAGCGCUGAUAAUAUUGCAGAGCCCAAUAAUGUUCCUGUCAACCAGUGGCCACUUCGCCAUGGAAGCCCUGGUAGUCACAAAAGCCAAGACUCCGGCUUUUCUGACUCGGAUAGCUCUCAACCCACUAUGCAGGAAUACGCGGCAGCGGGCAGCAGUGAUGCCAGAGAUAAGUCUUCAAGCAGCAGUGACUCAAAUAACAAUGAAAACGUAACUGUAAAACAAGCGGUCGAGUUUCAAAACACACCGCACAGUCGAGAUGUUGUUGACAAUUCGAGACCGUCGAACAAUGUCGACAAUGUUACUCCAACGCCAAAGCCACGAUUACGAAGCAGUAGCGUUAUACAAACUCCGUACGACUUACAGAAGUACUACGAAAUACACCGAGACGAGGAACAUAUGGAGCUGUUAAAGGAUAACGACAACGAAGCGGACGCUAAAUACCCAUCUCCAACAAAUGUUAAUACGAACUCACACGAAAAGGAGAAUUCCAAUAAAAUAAUCGAUAAAACAAUAGGCCCGAGAUUAAAUAAAAUAGAAAAUAAGCAAAUUAACAACACAAAUAUAACCCCUACCAAACGUACAAUCCAAAAAGAUACCAAAGAAAUACCAGUUAAUAAUAUAAAUGUAAUUAGUCCUUCCAAAAAGUAUCCUGUGAAGAAAUCUUUCGUAUCAAGUACAGAUAGCGACCAAACAAAAAUAAUAAAGGUCGCUAAAGUAAAAGACUUAGAAACGAGUAAGAACAAAUCUGAUGAAAGUUUAGAAUAUAUAAAGCUAUCUCAUGACAAUGAGAUUGUUGUGAACAAUCAACCAAGAGUCCGCACUCCUAUCUCCAACGUUUCUUACGUACCAACUGAGAGAAUUUCGACAGCGAAAACAGAAUACAGAAGAAGUAUGUCCAAUGAAGACCACAACCCCAUAAGUACAACGCCUAAAUUCCAAAGAAACAGACUAAAUCAGUCACUAAAUUUUGAAGCACAAAGACUUGAUCAACAAAUAUUGGACAUUCAAGAAGGUUACCAUUCACUAGGCCAUAUAGACGAAGACGAAAUACCUAAAGACGACAUUCAGUAUUCAAAAGAACAGUUUCACAAACCUGUUAAAGCGCUGCUAGGCAAAAACAUAAUGGACAGUCUCCACUUAAAACCGACUAAGAAAGUUGGUCCAAAGGCUAAACAGAGAAUGGUAAAAUCAGACAAGGCAAAGGAACUUUUCAAAAUGUUUCCAUCUAAAAAGGAGAAACCAGGUGUGGUUGACACUCACGCGGGUGGGAUUCUAAAUGGAAGCAGAGUUCCCUCACUUGGUCUACCUAGGGCGGCGGAACAGAACUCUUGGGUGAUUGUCGGCUACCCCGAACAAGAGGUGCUUAUACCGAAUUAUAACGAAAGGCUGGUUGGUACAGAGAGUGACGUCAAUUUGAAAUCGAAGGAUAAUCCUAAUGACGACAUUAAUUACGUUAAAACUCGACGAGUCACUCCACCGUUACAGUUCAGGGAUAAACAGAAAAUCCCGUAUGAAACCGAUGCAAAAUCCGAUAAAGACUUGACACACGACUCCAAAAGGGAGAAGUUAAAAGAUGACAUAAACUUCAAUGACGUGCAAUUGAACUUAGCGUGCACUUCUACACCAAAAAUGUUAGCCCCAGACGAAUUUAUGUUUGGUUCGCAACUUCCAAAGAAUAUUAAAACGAACUCUUGUAGAAUAAAUUUAAUUAGUGAUUUCAAUGGCGGGCUGGUAUUGAACAAUCAAAACGAAAUAUUGUACAGAGAAAGAAGCAUAGAUCAGACCACUUUGGAGAGGCUCUGUGAUAGGAAGCCGGAGCCAGUCCGGUACUGGCUUUGCGACCUCAUCAGCUCCAAUGAGAACGAGUGCAUGACCACACUGCAGAGUAAACCCCUCGGCGCUGAGAUGAAUGCCCUGGUGUCUGCCAGCUCUGCCACCAUCACCGGGAACAUAAAGAAAGUGCAGACACAUGGACAGAUAAUAGUGCAUCAGUACAGCGAUGUCUUGAGACAGUUGGAGUGCGGCACCGCUAGCGAGGAGCAGAUAUGCCUGAUGGUGGCGAACAUCAACGAGUUCGUGCUGGCCCACAGCAUCACGCUGAACACCAAGCCCCCUGGGGAGACGCCCGAGAGGUGGGACAAGAUCAAGGUGUCCCUGCAGCUCUAUCUCGAGAAACUGAUCGAGAUAGGGGACGACGUGAAACUGGAGCUCAACGAGAGCAACCCCCAGUGGGACCUGGUCGAGAAGCAUUUGGACACACUCGUCGAGAUAUUCCUCGAGACGACGAAAGCUGUUCUGGUUCAACAAAUGAAGACCCUCGUUUCGAUCAUCGAGGAGCCACCUUCCGACGUGAUACUAAAGAGCACGCUGACCUCAAUCGGGCACCUCGCCAUGCUCAGCGAGGGCUCCCAGGGCUCGCUGCACCCGCGCUGCUCGGAGAUCAUGCGGGCGGUGGCGGAGCCCCCGUUCGUGGAGUGCGGCGUCCCCAGGGCUCUGCUGGCGGCCGUCAUAGAGACCUCCAAGGGCUCCGUUAAGGCGCUAGCCCUGCGAGCCCUCGCGGCGGUCUGCGUCACAGCGGACGCGGUCAAACAGUUCGACGAGGGCGGCGGCAUAGAGAUCCUUUCCGAUAUUCUCUCGGAGAGAUCGAACCCCGAACCACAAAUGCGAGAGGCGAUUACAGUACUCACCCAAAUCACCGCGCCCUGGCUGAGGGGCCACUACGAUCUGACACAGCUACAUACGUAUCUGAACACCAUCGUGGAAAAUAUCACCGGUAUUCUCUCGCGCACCGAGUGCUGUCAACUGCUGCUGCUUUGCACGGCGUGCCUCGUCAAUUUGGUACGGGAGGUCGAGCUGGAGGGGAAGGGGGGAGCGGACGAGAAGUCGGACAUAGUCGAGGUGGUGACGCGCCAUCGCACCGUCGAGAAGCUGCUGGACGCCGUGAAACGCAGGGGACCCGACAUAUCCGUGUUCCUGCAGGAGCAGAGCGCGGCGCUGCUGUCGUCGCUGAGCCGCGUGGCGCGCUGCGCGCCGCCGCUGGGCCGCGCGCGCGCCGUGAGCGCGGCGCUAGUGCGCUUCGCGCGCCCGCCGCCGGCGUACGUGCGCCGCGGCGCCGAGCUGCGCGCGCACGCCCGCCUGCGCUGCCAUGCCGCCGAAGCGCUCGCCAGGCUAACUGUUGUUCCGGAUGUUGCCAAGCAGAUUGUCCAACUCGAGGGUGUUCCUCAUCUUAUCCGUCUGGUUAGGAUGCAACGAUCACGCCCUACCGUGGAGGAGAACCCGGACCAAACCCUCAUACACUGUCUGAAAGCCCUCAGAACAAUUUACAAACACCAUCCAGAGGCAUUCGAGGACCAGAAGGAUGUCGAUGAGAUGAUCAGGCCACACCUGAUGGAGUCAUUAAUGCUUUUCUCCGCCAAACAAGAGAGCUAUGUC